UAAUUUGUUCCACCGCAGUAUUUCAUGCGAAACAUCAUCCCAUCAUCCCAUUUGCUUCCCCCGCUCGAUCGUUAGUAUUGUAUUGCAACAUUUAGUCUCACCAUGGCAUCUACUAGUAGAGCUUCUGCGCCAGAAGUGUCCUCCGCGUUUCGUCGGUUCCAGCUCGGGAUGAAACGACGCGCGACGCUGCAAGACGGGGAGCUGGACAAGGUCAAGGAAAUCUUUGGAGACGAUCCUUAUCAUCUCAAGGAAAAGGAGGAUCGAAAGAAGAGACAACACCAAAAGAAACAUCCCACACAAUCCCGCUACGAGAAAAUUCUCCACGGUCCCAAACAGGAGCAUCCUCAUCAUCAUCAGCAGCAUGGGCAGCAGGAACAUCGACAUACCGGUACAACUAAGGAUUGCUUCCAAACGCCAACGACGGAACUCACAACGAAGAACAAGGAUCGAACAACACGACAGUCCGUUGGUACGGAAGUGGUGGGCAAGGAAAACAACAAGGACAAACAUCAUGAUCAUCACCACCAUCACCACCAUCACAGUCGUCACCAUCAUCAUUCCAGAGAAUCCACCAAGAAGACGAACAAGAAAAAGACGUCGAAAAAGGAACGCAAGAAGAACAAGCAUGGAAAACCCCGCAGUAGCAAACGCACGAUACUGCGAGGCAUAGAAGACUUUUUGUGCCAGACCAAUGAUGAAUUUACCCAAAAGUACCAGUAUGGAGAAGUUCUGUACCGGGGAGACUAUUGUCGCAUCCAUGAGUGUACACUAAUGGCCAGUGGCGCCAGUCGGGUCGUCAAGGUGGUCUUGGAAGGACAUGACGAUGAAGACACGGAGGAGGAAGACUUGAAUCGAACAGCAGAAAUGUCUACUUCCAGUAAUGAUGAUCAGCACCGCAACAACAUAUUAUGCCAUGAAUUUGAAAUCAUGCGAAAACUGGACACACCCUUGGUGCCACAGGUCUAUCGCAUGUACCGGCAGAACAAUCAUCACAUGAUUGUCAUGGAGCGGUGUCAUGGGAAUUCUCUGGAGCAGGAGCUGGAAGAGCGCAAUGAACCAUUGGAUGAGAACCUGGCCAAGGAAGUCAUGUGGCAACUCUUGUGCUGCCUCAACUAUCUGCAACUGACUGCCAAGGUGGUUCAUUGUGACAUUCGACCAUGCAAUAUCAUGUUGGAUCAAGAGCAUGAUUUUACCAAGAUUAAACUCAUCGACUUUGAUGCGGCGGUGCGUCUAGAACAUGCACACGACAAAGUCUCAGAACGUCGAGGUGGGGGAAAUGGACAAGAUGUUGUGUAUCAAGCACCAGAAGUUCACGGCACCAAGCCUCAGCAAGAUUUCAAAGCGGAUUUGUGGUCUUGUGGAGUCAUCAUGUAUCAGCUACUCUACAACAGGUUGCCUUUUGUGAAGACUCAUCACGAUGAGGAUGGUGAAGAAAGGUUCCCACCAAGCAUCAAAAAGAUAGAGGGAGAUAUCAUCCGGCGAAUGAACAAGGCAACGAAACUUCACUUUCCUCAUUCCAGGAAAGUCUCGGAUGAUGCAAAGGACUUGAUUUCAUUGCUCUUGCAACCCAAAGGCAAGCACCGUCCAAGUGCUGAAAAAGCAUUGCGCCACAAUUGGUUCCGUGUGCCCAGCGAAUCUUCUGGCCCUGCGUGCUACGGGCCACCCUCGGCCAGCGCCAAUCAGGACCCCAUGGCGGAUGUCAACCGUGUCGUGCAUCUUGGAAGACUCGUGCAGCAAAAGCCUAAAAGUCAUUUCAAGCAAGCUGUGUUGGCCAUUAUUGCCGCCUUCAUGUUGACCAAGGAGGAGCAUGCCGUUGUUCAGCAAGCGUUCCAACAACUGGACCUAAGCCAUGAUGGCAAGCUACGAAAAACGGAAGUCCGAGCUGCAUUGCAGCUGCUGUUUGGUAAAGCCCACACAGAGCAACAAGUCGAUGAAAUCUUUGCCAGGAUUGACACCAAUGGCGACAAUAGCUUGUCCUACAGUGAAUUUGCUUUGGCCACAAUCAACGAAAGAGACUUGCUCACUGAUGAUCGGCUCCAGCGUGCCUUUGAUCGCUUUGACAAGUGUCAAAACGGCUUUAUUAGUCGCAGUGAUUUGCAGCUCCUCCCAGCUUUUGCACUCUGUUCAUCCAAGGAAUUGGACUCUGUCAUUGCAGAAGCAGAUCCCACAGGAAAGGGAAAGAUCUACUAUGAUGACUUUGUGGCACUGAUGCGGAGUGGAGCUGUUUAUUAGGAAUGGCAACCAUCUUGCCGUGGGAAUCUUUCAUCUAAGUUUGUAGUCUUUUCUUGCUAAUCUAUUAUUUGCAUUAGUAGCCCCUCUUCCG